AUGCUUACGUCUGUGUUGUGUAUCGCUUCAUUGAUAACCCUUCUCGAUGCUCAUAUUUCAAUAAAGAAAGAAAGAUUUGAACCAUUGUCAGAUGACAUCAUCUCGUAUAUUAAUCAACAUCCAAAUGCUGAAUGGAAAGCUGAGAAAAGCAAUCGUUUCCACUCACUGGAUGACGCACGUAUUCUGAUGGGUGCAAGAAGAGAGGAAUCAGAAUUAAGAAAGAAGAGACGUCCCACAGUUGACCAUAAUGAUUUGAAUGUAGAAAUUCCAUCAAGUUUUGAUUCAAGGAUGAAAUGGCCUCGUUGUAAAAGUAUAGCGACCAUUCGUGAUCAAUCACGAUGUGGAUCAUCUUGGGCUUUCGCUGCUGUCGAAGCCAUGAGUGAUCGAACCUGCAUACAGUCACGUGGCAGACAAUCUGUGGAACUAAGUGCUGUGGAUCUAAUGAGCUGUUGUAGCGAUUGCGGAUUUGGGUGUGAUGGUGGAUUCCUUGGUCAUGCUUGGGAUUAUUGGGUGAAGGAAGGUAUUGUUACUGGAAGUUCGAAAGAGAAUCACACAGGUUGUCAACCAUAUCCAUUCCCGAAAUGUAAAUUAUCCUAUAAUGUUGCUGAUAAUGAAUUGUCUAUUCAAAAGGAAAUCAUGAAGUAUGGACCAGUAGAAGCAGCCUUCACAGUUUACGAAGAUUUUCUAAAUUACAAAUCUGGGAUCUAUGAACAUAUUACUGGGGAACCAGUUGGUGGACAUGCCAUACGUAUAAUUGGAUGGGGUGUGGAAAAAAACACUCCUUAUUGGUUGAUAGCGAAUUCGUGGAAUGAAGAUUGGGAUGAAAAUGGAUAUUUCAGAAUACUACGUGGUCAUGAUGAAUGUGGCAUCGAAUCCGAGGUAACAGCUGGUCGGAUUAACUAG